AUGCUGUCGGCCACGCCGCCUCCGCACGAGGCGCCGGGCCGCCUGCCCGGCAACGCACGCAGCAUAGAUGCAAAUGACCCACUGAGUAUCGUGCGAAGUGCACUAGGUGCUGAGGAGCAGGUUAUUCGCGUGAGUGAUAGUGACACACGCGAAACGUAUGACGUCACUCUGUCGCGCACGAUGCCGUAUGCGUCGCCGCGCGUCACGCCCAAAUACGACGACAAUGCGCCAGCGCCCGUCAUGCUAACCCCACCGCCUACGCGCCGUCGUCGAUUGCGCUGGAUGCGCUCGCUGGAUGAUGCACGCACAGCUGCGUCGCCGACGCCACCGACCGCGGUGCCGCCUUCGGCCACCCUAGCGUCGAGCUCAGCGCAGUCCUCACCGAGUCCAGCAGGAUCUACAAGUACGCCGAUGUCCUACCCCUAUACCCCGUUACCCCCCCUCGCCAACGUGCAGCGGAUGCUGGGCCCGCGGCGGACGCACCAGGCACCCGCGCCGCCGCUGCUCGCGCCACGAGAUACAGGCGGCUCGUCGAGCGAGCUCACAUUCGAUGAGGAGAUGGCCGAAAAUGCAGACGCUCUGCGUCGCUCAUGGCGUGUAAAGGAGCAUCGCUCCAAGAUGCCCCUGGCUCUCAAGGGCCACCUGAUUGGCGAAGAUCACGUCAACUAUGUGCUCAUGUACCAUAUGCUCACAGGCAUCCGCAUCGCCGUCUCGCGGAACGAGUCGCGGCCGCGCACGCAGCUCACACCCGCUGACUUUACGGCCAAGUACAAAUUCACCUUUGACAUCAUCGGCAACGAGCUCCGGCCCUCGUCGAAUUACGACUUCAAAUUCAAGGAUUAUGCACCCGGUGUGUUUUGUGAGCUUCGACGGCACUUUGGACUCGAUGCGGGCGAUUACCUGCUCUCGCUCGCGGCGAAGUACAUUCUGACAGAGCUCGGAUCGCCCGGUAAGAGUGGGUCCUUUUUCUACUUUUCUCAUGACUACCGCUUUAUUAUCAAGACGAUUCGGUCAGAAGAGCACAGGCUGUUUAUGCGGUUCCUGCCCGCAUACUACGAGCAUGUACGUGGGAAUCCACAUACACUACUGAGCCAGUUUUACGGGCUGCAUAGAGUCAAGUUGCCUGGCAGGAGAAAGAUCCAUUUCGUGAUUAUGAACAACCUAUUCCCCUCUCAUCGCGACGUGCACGAAGUCUACGACCUCAAAGGCUCGACCGUGUCUCGUGAGCAACUGUCCGCCAAGCCAUCUGCCGUGCUCAAGGACAUGAAUUGGCUGCAGCGUGAUCGGUACGUGGAGCUAGGCCCUCAAAAGCGCGCGCAAUUUGAGCGGCAGUUGCGUGCCGAUGUCAGUCUGCUGCAGCGCCUUCAGCUCAUGGACUACUCCCUGCUGAUUGGCUUGCACGACCUCAGUUACGGCCCAUCCACGUCACCUAUCAACAAGUCCGCGCCGAUGCUCCGCCGCCCGUCGAUCCUCGUGUCACCUGUGGACGACAAAGAAGCGGACGCUUCGUCCACGCAGCUGCAGUUCUCACGCAACCAUCCGCACCAGACAUCACUGCAGGAUAUGCAAGGCAAACGUGCCGAGCAGCAGCGCUCCCUUUUCUAUCAGGAUGAGGGCGGAUUCCGUGCGACAGACGAGCAUGACCAGCCCCUGGGUCUCGUGUACUAUUUUGGCAUCAUUGAUUUGUUUACGCGCUUCGAUGCACGCAAGCGCUCCGAGCAUAUAUGGAAGGCCCUGUGGCACGACCGCCACGCCAUCAGCCCCGUGCCACCCGUCGAAUAUGGUGAGCGGUUCAUCCGCUUCCUGCUGCGGAAAAAGCCAUCAGGUACCUAG